AUGGAGUGCAUAGACUCGUUUCCGACCUCUGGAAAUCCUGCAUACGCGGUGCAAUCUUUGGCCGACGAUAGGAACAUUGAUACCGUUCCCAAAAAUGACAACUUUCAGUGCACGUUCUUUCGACAACCUAAGAGCAAGUUCGCGGUCAAAAAUGGCACCUGGCAGUUGUCGUACAGCAAUCCAAUAUCGUCCAAUCUUUCCGACAAUUAUACCGAUUCGGACAGCGAUUUCGCUGAAAGUAUGCAUAGCGAGCAAUGGUUAGAAACGUUCUCGAAAAAUUCUAGCCAGUACACGAGCGACGAUGACGUUUCUCAAACCGAAACAAAGUAUCUCGACGCGCCGAAAGUAACGUUUAACUCAACGAUACGCGUCGAUUCAAACGAAAUCACGGGAUACUGUCCAAGGAAACGACCAAUAAAAGGGGACGAAGGAGAAAACGACGCAACUUCUGCGAAACUUAUGAGAUCGACGGAGGAGAGGGAAUGUUCGAAGGAGGAAAACAAACCAGUUGACGAAGAGAACUGUGAAAACUAUGAAAAUCGGACGACGUUCGAGAAUGGAACAUUUCUGGAAGAACAUGCGAAUAAUAGCAAACUCAUGCGUGUACUCUCAGCUACACGGAACGUUCUGCACGUGAACAAGAAAUCCUACGAACUUGCGAACGUCGCGGCGAGCAACGAAGCUACGUCCAAAGAAAGGAAGACGAUCGAGAGUAGAAUUGUUAGGAACAAACGUUUGUUAAGUUCCAUGAAAGAAGUAAUUCGUACAAUGGACGAGCCAAAACCGGGCUUGGAAUCCGUCCAAAGCAUUGAGCCGGGGAACCAUAUUGCGGAGACUACGGUCGCACGUGCAGAGGACGGUGAAAAGUCGGGUCGAAGUUUGAAAGAAAUUUCAAACGAUUCGGAAAAUCGCGAGAUGCACGGAUCGAUUUUUAAGAGUCCUAAAUUAAAGAAACAUUUGGACGAAUCCAUGCUGGAGGCUAUGAAAAAAUACAGAACAUGCGAGAACACGUGGGAAAAACUGAAACGACAAAAGUUAGCGUUGCAAGAUUUUCCUGAAAAAAAGAAUCCUGUUUCCUGGCUUCCUCUUCAAAAUUAUUCUAAACAUGGAUUCUCGUGCGACCAGGAGAAUUUCACAGAAUCAGAAAACGAAGAAUACAACGCGGAAAGUCAAAAUGAUACGAAGACUAUUAACACGCGAAAAUGGCAAAUCACGUUAACCACUAAGGAUUGCGCGAUUAAAAAACGUUGUCAAGGUUGGCAGAUAUAUCCAAACGACACGAAAAAGGCCGAAGAAGUGUCGCAGCUAAUUUUGAGACUCACCGACUCGAAGAUGAACACUCGAACAAUUACGGGCUCGGAGUCCGCGAAAACCGCGAAUGCAGAGAUUCUCUGCAAUCGCGAAGAUCUAGACGACCUUCUCGGGGAGGAAGACAAAGAAAAUGAACAUGGCCACGGCAAGAUCGUCCUGAGGGAAUAUUUGAAGCUUCUGACCACUGAACAAGCGAAGAUCAGUUUUAUCCUAAAAAUGCUGACGAAAGCGGUGAACGAGCAUAAAAUUUUUGUGAUUUACAGCACAUUUCCAGUGCUCAGGAAGCCUCUGAGUAAAAGAGGCUGGAUCGAGAAGAGAUCUAUCAGGAGAAUGCUCUCAAUGUCUCCGGAAAUGUCAGAAGCUGGUCUGGAAACGAUCGAAAAACUAUUACGUUGCCCCGCAGACUUUAUAUGGUACACCACUAAAAGAGCAGCCGUGAGAGCAGACGAAAGGACAAUAGUCAAUAAAUUUUCUGGAUGCUACUUCACGUCGAAGGUCGACAUGUGCAAUAAUUUGGAGAACGUUAGUUGGUUCUACGAACCUGGCGUGUCGAACAUUCAAUUCCCACGGUGCUACAAUGUUUAUCAGCCUGCACAGAUCGAGGAGUUCGUACAGGACUUUUACAUCACGGCCUGUAUGGGAAUUCUCAAGUGGUUCUUAUUUCUGGCCAGCGUGGCUGGACCGAACGCCACUUGGUCUUCGAAUGGCUCCGUGCCCAUAUACGCCAUUUUGUUCGCUCUCGAAAGAUGCACAGACUAUAUAAGUGUCUGCUCGCACGAGGACAUCGACAGACGAGAUCGCGUAGAAGUAUCGAACUCCGAUUGGAAUCAAUUUCUGACAUGGUACGAUCGAUUUCUGCACAAGCGCGAGGUAUUGCAAAAAAGUGACGGAAUAGAUAUCGAGGAACUCGUCCCAUACACGGCGAACACGCUUAAGGAUAUGAUACAGUGCCGACCUCAAAGUCGCAUUGAUGGAAUGCGGAAUGUCUGGAUUAUAAAACCAGGCGAUAAAAGUUUGGGAAGAGGUAUAGUCCUUAAGAACUCGUUAAACGAUAUCCUGGCCAAGCUGAAUCAGUCUACGAACGAAUGCAUGCAAUACGUCGUGCAAAAAUAUAUAGAACGACCCUUGCUCGUUCACAAAACGAAAGUCGAUGUUAGACAAUGGUUUCUGAUCACCAGCACGCAACCCCUCGUCGUCUGGAUGUACAAGGAUAUUCUGCUGCGUUUCGCGUCGAAAGAUUUCACGCUCGAGAAUUUCCACGAAUCGAUCCACUUAUGCAACACGACCGUGCAGCUGAAAUACAGGAAAACAUUGCGACCGAAUCUACAAAUACCCAGCGAACUUCACUGGAAUCUUCAGAAGUUCAAAGAAUACUUGAAGGCUACCGAUCGGGAAUCGGCUUGGGAGAAACUCAUCAAACCAGGUAUAAAACAAAACUUGGUAGGGGCACUUCUAGCGUCUCAAGAGAAUAUGGUGAAUCGAAAAAAUAGCUUUCAAUUAUACGGCGCCGAUUUCUUGAUAAUGGACGACCUUUCGGUUUGGCUGAUCGAGAUCAAUACGAACCCCCGAUUGCACCCCCCGAGCAGCUCUGUUACAGAGAAACUUUACCCGGAAGUUAUAGAAGACACGAUGAAAGUGGUUAUAGAUCGACGCAAAAACAAGAAAGCACCUCGCGGUAAAUUUGAAUGCAUUUUCAAGCAACGUAAUCCAUUUUACGGCAAUAUUCUUGGAAUGGCGGCGACCCUCGGUAUUCGAGGCAAGGCCUUACUUUCGCCGCAGGCUCCAUCGCGAAAAUGA